CAAACAGGCCACGCCCCACGUCACGUCCGCAACCAAAAGGUCACUUUGUGCUGCAGCUGCUGGUUGUUUGACUGCAGCGCCUCCUGCUGGUCACCGGAAAAAGGAUUUACAAAAUAAAAGUCCUGCAGCUCAGUGGAAACAUCAAUGACUCAAAGCGGCAUAAAUCAUUCUUUUAAAAAGAAAAUAAAUAUAUAAAAUCGAAAAAAAAAAAAAAAAAAAAAAAAAAAAAACUCUGAACCACUUCCUGAAGCAGUCACGUGGUACAACCGGGACGCUUUCGACGUCAUAGCUUUUGGCUCCUCCCCUAGAUUCCGACUCCGUGAUACGACCACACUUCGGCGCGCUUCGAAGCAGCGGAACAUCUCGUAACAUCACUAUUUAUCUUUUUUUUUUUUUUUUUUUUAACUUUGUAUGACUUUUGACUCUAUGUGCUGCCUUUUAGAAGUUUUGUGAGUCAAAAAACCCCACUUUUUAACAAACUGCGUUACAGCUGCAGUUUCACUUUCGUUUUUAGUCCUCGGCGCAGUUCGCUCCUUUUGUAGGUAAAUGCGACUUCUUUUGGGGCUUUUUCGCAGCUUUUUAGCCAGUAGAGUCGUUUCGUCGACUUGUCUUUGUUCCCACUUUUGUUUUUAAUCACUAUAAAAGGAAACAUGUGGCUAGUCGCUUGGAUUCUCCUCCUCUGUUGGAUUUUCUCGGACGCUGUGUCAGUCAUCUACAGCAGAACUGGAGGCGAAGUCGUCAUCCCCAGCGGCUCUGCGGCUGAUCUCAUCACCGCCAUAACGUGGAAACACAACGAAGACAUUGCCGUGGAGUGGUAUGGAGGAGAACCUGCUGCCUACCGACAUUUCAACGGCUGUACGGUUCUGGACACAUUGACUGGAGCUCUGACCAUCUCACGAUUGACUCGGGACCACAGCGGCAUCUACACGGCGGAAAUCAACAACAAAGUCGCCAACAAGACUGAAAUCCGGGUUAUCUCUGCCGUCCCCAAACCGACCGUCUCCCAGUUGUGCAGCUUUGGAGAUGGUUACUGCACUCUGACCUGCGAUGGCGACACCACCAACGCUGAACCGGUCACCUACUCCUGGCAUACACAUGACAUGCGUAACUAUUUUGAAAGUCAACAGGUCGGCAUCACGAAGGAGGACCCUAACUGGUUCAGCUGUGAGAUGACAAAUCCCAUCAGCUCUGAAACAAGUGAAGAGUUUGAGAACCCUGUCUUAUCAAGUAUUAGGACGUUGAUCAUCAUUUUUGUAAUCAGCAGUCUGCUCUGCUUAAGUGGUGGGAUUUUCAUAUAUCGCAAACGCAUAUUCAAGAAAGGAGCAUUUUGUCCAAUGAAGAUCCACAGAUCAGAAACCCCAGAGAGCAACCAUCAAACAGGAAAAGAUGACAAAAGGACAGGCAAAAAAAACAGAAGACUUUCAAGGAACGGAGUCGCAACAGUACCAGCUGUAUCUGUUGAAGAAACAUUGGAUCAGACCCCCCAGAAAUCCUCUGUGCUCCUCAACACCAUCAGGGAAACUGCUGUGUUCAACAUCAGCGAAACAUCCAAUCCGGACAAAACAUCAAAGAAGCCCAACGAUGAAAUUGAGGUUUCAUCAAAGAAGGAGGAAGAAACUCAGGCCCUGAUCCACAGAUCAGAAGCCCCAGAGAGCAACGAUCAAACAGCGACGACAACCUCAGAAGCUUUGACGUCUGUUGCAGAGAAGAGCAACGAAGCAGUGACGGACUCACAGGACCAAAAAACAUCCAGAAAUGACCUCAAAAUAGCUGCGUCCACAGAAACUGAGGAAUCAGCGGAGAAGUCAAAUGGGGACGAAACAACCAGACCUCUACUGGACGCGCAAAACCGAAGCAUUUCCGUUUGUGUUUGACGACAACAGGUGUUUUGAGGAAAAUAGGGGCAAAAAACAAGUUACCAAAGGACUUUUCUGAGUUUUUUUGCUGAUAAACUGCUGUGUUUUGUACACUGUGGGGGAAAUGAGCAGUUUACUGAGAAAUUUAAUGCUGUAAAAUCUGCAAAACACAGUUUUGUAUGCAACUUUUUACUUGAAUAUUUAUUAAAGCUACAGUGUUCAUCUCAGACUAAAAAUUCAAUCGCCAUGAUUAGUGACACUCCAAGAUCUUAAUUUUGCAAAUUUAAUUUCAUCAGGUAACUUUGGAUUUUAUAGAGUUUGCAGGUUUUUACCAUAAAAUUAAAUUUUAAACGCUCGGGUAGCUCCACACCAUAAAACACAGCAGCAGAAAACUUAUCUUUUACUUUUAAACGGUUACAAAGUUUGUGUCAAAAGCUGCACGUUUUCCCCUCGGAACAAAACUGAAGCUUUGCAGCCUUGUUUCAUUUCUUUGAUAUUUAACGUCUUUCACAAUGAAUUCUGUAUAUCAUCAUACUUUGUGCUAGAGAUUUAAGUCUGAAACAAACAAAAAAAGUGAACUAUAAUAGCUUAAGGUGCAGCUGCUGUGGUGACUUUGUCACUGUGAAUGACCAGUAUUUGGGGUUAUUUUGCUUUAAAGCAGCUUUAAAUGUCAUUGAGCAACCAGCAGCUACACUAAAAGGGACUACUUUAACACAUUAAUAGCCCAAAAUGUGCUCUGUGAUGCACUGAAAAAGUUUAUUUCAGACCACUGUUGUACUUGUUUCCUCAGCAGCACAGUGCCAACCUCAGUGCUCAGUGUUCAAGCUCAUCUCAGGUAGUAACUGCUGCUAAAACACCCCCCCCAAAAAACACAUGUAGAAUAUAAUAGAAUAUUCUUUACUGGUCUCACAAAGGGAAAUUUGCAACGUCACAGCAGCAGUGACAGAAAUAUCAAGAGGACAAGAUAUAUACACUGUUUAUACAAUAUAAAUGAGACAAACUGAAGAACACAAGGAUCGUAACAUACAAAUUUAAGAAUAUAUGCACAAUGAAUGGCGUGUAAAGGUGUUUGGUCAGUGUCAAUUCUUAAAGAAUUUUUAUUUAUGCAAUUUCAUGCAUGUUUAUGUUCUGCAUGCUGUAGCAGCUGCUUGCACAUGAAUGUAUCAUUUAUCCAGCAGAGGGCGCACCAGCUUGUGUUAUUUAUGUUUCAAUGCAUUGACGAUGUGUAAAGAUGGAAAACACAAUUAUUAAAUUGUAAAAUGCGUUUAAAUCCUUUUAAUCAUGUGCAGUGUAGUUUCAAAUAUGCUUCAUCAGAACGUUAACAUGAAGGAAAAAAAUGUAAUAAUGAAAAAUGUGAUGGUAAUACAAAGAUUUAAAACUGAUGAACAUUUUGUUUUUGGCAAUGAAAAGUUCCGUAUUUAUUUUUUAAGCUGUUAUGUCUUCCAUCUUCACGCACAGUCUGUGUCGUGUUUGCUUUUAAUAGUUUUUUUUCCAAGUUACAUUAACUUGUAAAAAAAAAAAAAAAAACAA